GCAUUUUUUCCUCUGAUGCCAUGGCGACAAUGGCGACAGAGCUAAGCGAAAUCCACAACUCUGAGAUCGAGCUGAGGAUCAAUCCUCGGAGGCACAAAGACAGAGUCUUUGUUGGUUGUGGCGCGGGAUUUGGAGGUGAUCGCCCAUUGGCGGCCUUUAAAUUGCUGCAAAGAGUCCAAGGAUUGGACUAUCUUGUGCUUGAGUGUUUGGCUGAGCGAACACUCGCUGAUCGCUACCAAGCCAUGGUGUCUGGUGGCCAUGGCUAUGAUCCUCGGAUUGUGGAGUGGAUGACGCUUCUUUUGCCUCUGGCUAUGGAGAAAGGUGUUUGUUUGAUCACUAAUAUGGGUGCAGUGGAUCCGAUUGGUGCAAAGAAGGAAGUUCUGGAUGUUGCAAAUAAGCUAGGAUUGGAUGUUGUUGUUGGUGUUGCUUAUGAAGUUCUCAAGCCAGGGCUAGGUUCUUCUUUGUUAGGUGAAGGAUUGAAAAUGAUGGAAGGUGGUGCUAGUACUUAUCUUGGAGCAGCCCCCAUUGUUCGUUGCCUGGAGAAGUACAAACCACAUGUGGUAAUUACCUCACGGGUUGCUGAUGCUGCGCUGUUCUUAGCUCCUAUGGUUUAUGAACUAGGUUGGAAUUGGAAUGACUUCAAACAACUUGCACAAGGGUCCCUAGCUGCUCAUCUACUAGAGUGUGGUUGCCAAUUAACAGGUGGAUAUUUCAUGCAUCCAGGAGAUGAGUACCGAGAUAUUUCAUUUGAGAAGCUUUUAGAUUUAUCACUUCCGUAUGCUGUGAUCAGUUAUGAAGGAGAAGUAUUUGUAGCAAAGACAGUUGGUAGUGGAGGUAUUUUGAACUAUAAUACAUGUGCUGAGCAGCUUCUUUAUGAGGUCGGUGACCCAUCUGCCUACAUUACCCCAGAUGUGAUUUCCAGGAUGUUUACUUCAAACCAUUAUCAGAAGAUAUUGUUUCCUGUAAGGGUGCAAAACCAUCUGAGACUGCCUUACCAGAUAGACUUUUGCGGUUGGUUCCAUUGUUCUCAGGAAUAUGGCUGGAAAGCUUGGGGUGAGAUAUCCUAUGGAGGACAUGGAUGUUUGAAGCGUGCCGAGGCAGCAGAGUUUCUGGUCAGGUCUUGGAUGGAUGAAACAUAUCCUGGCACCAAAGAUUGUGUCUCCUCUUAUAUUAUUGGAUACAACAGCCUAAAAAUAGGCAUUCCCGAUAUUCAUAACUUAUCUGAGAAACAAACAUUGGACAUACGACUUCGCAUGGAUGGAUUGUUUAAGCAAAAGGAGCAUGCGGUUCAUUUUAUUGAAGAAUUCAUGGCUUUAUAUACAAACGGGCCUGCGGGUGGUGGUGGAAUCUGCACAGGACAAAAGAAGGAGAUAAUUCUUCAGAAAGAACUGGUUGAACGCCAUAAUGUUUACUGGAAGACAGCAAUGAGCCAAACUAAGACCUCAAAUCAAUGUAGUCAGUAUCCAAUUUGUCAGGAUUUCAACCAAAUUCACAGUCCAAGAGAACAUUCCCACCCAUUUGACAUCCCUAAAGACAACUCCUUCAAUGAGGUCAAUUCGUCAGCUUUGACUUCUGCCGCUCCAUCUGGCAAGAGGAUCCCUCUUUAUGAAGUUGCCCACAGUCGUGCCGGUGAUAAAGGCAACGACUUGAAUUUCUCCAUCAUUUCUCAUUUUCCUCGAGACAUCGAUAGACUGAAGAUGGUAAUAACACCAAACUGGGUGAAGAACAUUGUUUCUCAUCUCCUAGACACGUCUUGCUUUCCUUCUCCUGAAGCCAUUGAGCACCGAAACAACUUGCUUGAUCAAGUAAACAUUGAGCUUUACGAAGCCAAAGGAAUCAAUUCAUUGAAUGUUGUGGUGCGGAACAUACUUGAUGGAGGUGUCAACUGUUCUCGAAGAAUCGAUCGGCAUGGGAAGACUUUGUCGGAUCUUGUUUUAUGCCAAGAAAUCAUGUUACCUGAGUGAAUGUUUGUAGUGAUUGUUCUUGUAGCAACAACACAGAAGUUUCAAAUGCUUGAUUGAUUGUUCUAUGUGGUUUGCUUGCAGCAAUAAAUGCUUCAUAAUGCAAAUAACUUCAUGUA